AUGUUUUUGUUCCAGAAUAAGACUUUUGUCCACAAUGUAUUGGUUUUUUUUAUUCUCCCAUUUCCCUUUUCACGUUCAUUUUAUCUUCCUGAAUCCAAUCCACUCCUGUCUUUCAAAAACCACGUCCGAGAGGUGCACCUAUACACAGAAAACCACAGACGUGGGAUGUUUCUUCAGAUAAACCUGGAUGGGAAAGUGAGUGGCAGCGAUGCUCAGAAUGCUUACAGCGUGCUGCAGCUGAAAUCAGUCAAACCGGGUCAUGUAGUCAUCAGGGGGCCGUCAUCAUCCCUGUUUCUCUGCUCAGACAGUGGAGGGCAUCUCAGAGGGCAGGGUGUAUACGAGGAGGCCGACUGCUGCUUCACAGAACUGCUGCUGGCUGACGGAUACACCCGCUUCCUUAACGCACAUCAUGGGACCCCUGUGUCGCUGGCACCCAGACUAUCCCCAGAUCAACACUCGGUCCCUUUCACACGAUUUUUACCGCUCGGGAAUACUUUACCAUCGGAGAUUCUCUCUGAGGAACCAAUAAAAACCCAGAGGAACCUCAACGUGGGUUCAGAUGACCCUUUUGGAAUGGGACUACACACCAUGGUUAGUCCUCAGUUGGUGUUGGACAAGUAA